AUGGGAAUCUGUAAAGCUUUAUUUGCCUUGGCGGUGGCAUUCCAUGCCUUCCCCGGCGCCCUCUCGCAGGAGGCGACCACCACGUUGACGGUGACCGUCACACCUGCCGCUCCUCCGGACGUGGUCGUCAAUAGGACGCUUACCAGGUCUGUCUACACGGCUAGGACGACUGUUCCGACGUAUCUGAACUGUACCACCUCUGUCUUCGCUCGGCCGGCGCCGCCUCCCACCACAGCAACCCCAACUUCGUCGCCUACCUCUCCCGUUGUGGACGUGUCGACAUCCCGGCUCUUGCCGCGACAAGAUAAUGUGACUGCCACAGUAACGGCCACGGUCACGGCUCCAGCCCGCCCCGCCCGGACCCGGACCGCGUACAUAGUUGAGACGCAGACUCAGUCAGGGGCACAGACGUUCUCGAGGUACCAGUGCGUGGCGACCAUCGCGUACUUGUACACGACGGACGCAUCAACGACCGUCUCCGUUACGCAAACUUCCUACGCAACGACUAUCACGGCCACGUCGAGAAUCACCUGCGCCGGGUUCCCCGGCGGCGGGCUGCCAGUUGCGAAGACCGAACAACCGGCUCUUCCAAGCGAGACGGUAUCCACUCCUAUCCUCCCGCGACAGGAGAGUCCAACUCCAAGCUCCCCGGCCACAUCCCUGACUCCCCUGGGCACGCUCACCACCAACACCGUGCACCUUACCCGGACUGCGUAUACAGUAGUGAGAUUCAACGCCACCGGCUCGACGGUGGCCGUCACGUACGAGUGCAGCCCGACGGUCUACGACACCGUGACCGUAGCGAGGACGCGCACGGCGUGGCCGUCCACCGUGACAGUCGUCAGCUCCGUCGUCUGCACCGGUCGCGGGACGCAGGCUGAGAUCCAACCGCGGCAGACGAGCUCUCCCACCACGACGCCCGCGCCGACGAUUUCGGACCCAGGCGCCAUUCACCGUACGAGAACCGUCUACCCGACCGUGACGGUCACGGAGGCGUCGGCGACAACACGCGUCAUCAUCAACUGCGCGCCGUCGUCGCCCCCGACCACGACUAGCACCAGUUCGGUUCCGCCGUCAAGUACGCCUCCGUGA